AUGGCCGACUUCAAGACAGCAGAUGCUGCCCCCAAGGGACCCACUCAAGAGGACCGUCCUGCCUCCCCGGCUGCGGGUGAGAUCGUCCAUGGAAUCGACAUGGAGCACUACAGGGACACUGUCCCACUGUGGAAGCGGGUAUGGCAGCACAGUCUGACCCAGAUGAUGCUCCUCAGUGUCCAAGCGUUCUGUGGACCUGCCAUGUCUGAUGCAAUUGCUGGCCUUGGUGGUGGUGGUCUUGCGACGCCGCAGGUAUCGAACAUUACAAACGCUAUCAACUACGCCCUUCUUGCUGUGGUUUGUUUCUUGGGCGGCCCGUUGGUGAACAAAAUUGGAGUCAAAUGGGCGCUGGUACUGGGCUCCUUGUCAUUUCCUAUCCAGGGAUCUGCGUACUACUGCAACAGCAAGUUUGGGAACCAAUGGUAUCUCAUCCUUAGCGGCGCCAUUAGCGGUGCAGGGACUGCGUGCUGGUAUGUCGCCGAGGCUGGAUGCAUCAUGACCCUUGCGCCCUCCGGUGCUCGUGGAAAGUACCUGGCGCUGUGGAUUGUUUCGCGCAAUCUUGGACAGCUGGUCGGAGGGGCCAUCAAUCUGGCGAAAAAUCACAAGCCUGGAGCCGACGGUGGAAUCACCCCUGAUACCUAUGUUGCCUUUGUGAUCAUCGAGUGCCUUGCACUGCCUUUUGCUUUGCUGAUUGCGCCUUUCGAACGUGUUGUCCGGUCCGACGGAACCAAAAUCGUCAUGGCAGAGACCCUCUCCACCAAGCGAGAGUUCAAGCAGAUCCUCAAGACCGUAACCUCAAAGCUUAUCCUGCUUUCCGGAUUUUGGGCUCUGUGGUCCUUCUUCUACUCCGGCACUUGGUCCACAUACCUAGGAACCUACUUCUCUGUCCGCGCCAGAGCCCUCUCGUCUCUGGUCUCGCCAUUCUUUUGCAUUGUCGGAUGCUUUGGUCUCGGUUUCAUCCUCGACAUGAAGGGUGUCAGUCAGCGUCGCCGGGCUCAGAUCGGCCUCUUCACGGUCGUCAUCCUCAACGUCGGCGUGUACAUCUGGUCCAUCAUCAUGCAGAACAAGUUUGACCAUCACGACCCGGGCAAGAUUGACUGGAAUGACGGACUGUACCCUACCUCCUUCCUGCCGUACUUCUUCGUGCAGACAACCGGCCCGCUGUCGCAGUCGUACAUGUACUGGCUGCUGUCGUCGUUUGCGACGGACGCACAGGCAAAUGUUCGCAAUGGCGCUAUGUUCAGGUGUAUUGAAGCGGUUGGGCAGGCCAUUGCCUAUGGCAUGAACACUCAGACGGAUAGUAAUCCCUUGGUCGGAUUCAUUGUGACGUUCGUGCUGCUCGCGGUUUCGCUGGGGCCGAUGAUCCUGCUGGUAAAUAGCACACCGGACAAGAUUCCUGCCGAUGUGGUCGCUGAGGAGCAGGACGCUGCUAAUCAGAAGAUUGAUACUGUCUAA